AUGGGUAUCGACGUGUUCAUGUUCUGCCCCACCUGCUGUGCCUUCCUGCCGCUGAGCUGGAGGGACCCGGGGCUCACGGAUUGCGACGUGGAGGGCGAGCAGGACUGGGGCGACGGCGCCUUCUCGGUCUCGGCCGAGGACGUGGUCGCUCACUUCCUCACCCACACUGACUUCUUCCCGCCCGCGCCCACAUCGCCCUACGAAGAGGGCCUCCGCCGCCUCGUGCAGCAGUUCACCAUCGACCACGCGCACGAAGAAGGCAAGGUCUUUUUCACCAGCAGCUAUGGCAUCUACAUGUGGGAGCCCGGCGAGGACUACCAGCAGGCCGACUGGUGGCGCUACGAGGCCGUCGUCGUCUCCGAUCCCGAGCUUCCCAACGAGCGAAAGCAGAUGCCGGCGACGGCGUGGACCUUCCUGCCGUCGCACAUCGUCAAGCACCUGGGCUACGCGUCGUUCGACGAGGCCCUGAACUACUUCCUCCACGAGCGGUCCAUGGCGGCCCCGCGCGAGGCCCGCGAGCUGCCCUACUUCCGCCAGUUCUACGAGGCCGUGGUCCGCUGGCGCGCCGAGCCGGUGGCCGGCGGCCUGCGGCCCGCCGUGGCGCCGCCGCUGGUGAGCCUUGUGGACCACUGCGUCGAGGCCGUGCGCACCUGCAGGCCGGAGCAGCUGUCGGCCCUGAACGCCGCCGCGCAGCUGCCGGACCACCUCGCGCGCCGGAUCUGGCACGCGCUGGCGCAGACGAGCGACGCCGAGAUCGAGCGGCUGCCCGACCAGGACUUUGACUCGAUCGCGCUGGCGCGCUACCUUAACCUGGCCCACAUGUUCGCCCGCAGCCUGGCGCAGCUGGAGGUCACCCCCACCGUGCUCGACCUGCUCUGCAACGACGAGGUGCUCAACACGCUCAUCAUCCGCAUGGUCGCGCGGCCCGACUGCGCGCUCGACCAGGCGCUCGAGGUCUCGCUGGCCGGCAACGACUGGGAGCAGGACUCGACCGAGUCGACCUGGGCGCCCAGCCUGUGCGCGCUGCGCAGCCUCACGAUGGUGCUGGUGCGCUGCCUGCGGCCCCAGAUGACCCGCUGGCGCCUGGUCGGCUGCGGGGCGCUGACCGACGACUUUUUGCUGCCGCUCGCGGCCAUCGACGCCGGCCCGUUCUGGGAGGACCUGAUCGACCCCGACGGCGAAGACCCGCGGGCGGGCGGCCUGCGGCGGGCGCGGCUGAACCCGGAGGAUCAGGCCCUGGUCAAGGCGCUGGUUAAGGAGGCGGCUGACGUCAUCGAUCUGAACGGCCCCUACGCGCUCGAGGAGCUGGACGUGUCGGACUGCCACCGCCUGACUGACGCCGCGACGCACCACCUCCACCGCCUCUUCCCGCGGCUCGCGCACCUGCACCUGAACGACCUCACAUUCCUGCCAUUCCAGUCGGUGCCCAGCACUGCGGCGCUGCGCCUAGAGUGCCUGGUGGAGCUCAACAUGGCCGCGGCCUACUACGAGCACCCGCAGAAGCGGGACGAAGCCUACUUCGCGCGGCUGGCCGCGAUCUGCCCGCGGCUCGAGGCGCUGAACGUGGCCUUCUGGGACCUCACCGACGCCGAUCUGGCCCAGAUCGCCGCCCACUUCCCGCGCCUCUGGCGGCUCAACGUCAUCCGCUCGCCCCGGCUCACCACCCAAGCCGGCCUCGCCGCGCUCGCCGCCCUGGGUCUGGACGAGGUCAACGUGGGCGGCUGCACCGGGCUGACGGCCCUGACCGGCCUCGAGGCCGUGCGCUGCGUCAAGGCCGUCGGCGCGACCGGUCUGGGCAAAGCGCCCCUCUUCGCACCGGCGGCGACGGAGGUGGCGGUGGCGGAGCUGGACCUGACGGGGGUCAGGGACCUGAACGAGGCUGGGUUCCUGGAGGUCUUGGCCCGGGCGACGGCGCUGCAGCGGAUCAACGUCAACCAGUGCUUCUGCGUGGCCAAGGAGACGCUCGUCCAGGCGGACAAGGACCACCCGCACCUCCACAUUGUCAGCGGCGGCUCCUAUUGA